CAAUCCAUCAGCAACAAAAUUUCAGAGUCCCACACCAUAAGUCUUUCAUUGAGAAGAAUCCUUUCAAAUCAUUUUUCCCUUCAUCAACAUUUACUAAAAUGGCAAUCCUAAUGCCUCGAAUUAUUCAAGCAAAACAACAUAUCCGCAGAUCAUUGUCAAACGGUAGAAGCAAAACUACAUCAAUGGACAACCCUAAAGGCUAUUUAGCAAUUUAUGUUGGAGAGCAAGAAAAAAAGAGAUUUGUUGUUCCAGUUUCCUUGUUAAUCCAACCCUCAUUUCAAGAACUACUUCGUCAAUCAGAGGAAGAAUUCGGGUAUGACCAUCCAAUGGGUGGCCUCACUAUUCCAUGUAGUCACGAUACGUAUACUGAUGUUGCUGCUCGUUUGGGUGUAUUAUAAAUUAGUUAGAACGUUAAAAGUUUAUGUCACUAUCCACUAGACAAUUUUUGUACAUAUAUAGAUAUUAGCUUGUACCAAAACUUCAAAAUAGAAAAUAUUUAUGAUAUAUUGAAUCA